GUCGUCAUUACGUCUUUCCCUACAAAAGUACUUUUUUGUACCUGUUUGCUUCAGCUCUUUUGCCAAUUCACCCUUUACUUACAUGGCUCCCCAAAUUGGAGCUGUCGUAGUCGACCGAACUCUUCCAUUUGUCUCCCUAGCAUUACUGGGUUAUACCUGGUAUGUGUAUGUCUUUCGAGUAUGCAUCAGUGCAAUCUACAAUGAGCUCGGUAAAAAAGCAGAAGCAGUUGUCUUCAUCGUCAUUGCUUGUAUAUUCUGGGUGUUUUCUUUGUGGAGUUAUGCAGUAGUACUGGCAACGGGGCCAGGAACUCCUGAAAAGAAUUAUCCACAACCAGUCCAACCACCUCCGCUGGCUGAAGCAAAUGCCAACUUGCCUCCACCAGCGACUUCUCCGCCAUUCGCAUAUUCUCCAGAAGGAUUCGAUAUGCAGACGAUGCAUCAGGUACCUGUCCUGUCGGACCCUCCUACCGACCCCUUUGUGUCUGUCACUCAGCACGAUGGACGACCAAGGUUUUGUGAACAUUGUCAACGCAUCAAGCCAGAUAGAGCUCAUCACUGCCGUGAAUGCGAUUCUUGUACAUUGAAGAUGGACCAUCAUUGUCCAUGGGUCAGUGGCUGCGUAGGACAUGGGAAUUACAAGUUUUUCUUUCUGUUUGUUGUUUACACAUCAUUGUAUGCUCUGUGGGUAUUUGCUACGACUUUGCCGACGGUAAUAGAUGCGGUUGCCAAAAGGGGUUUCGAUAUAGAUGUGCAAUGGAUUGUAACUAUUGUAUUGGCAUUUUUGUUCGGAUUUCUAUUAUUUGCAUUCUCGUGCGUUCAUGGAUAUUAUAUUCUCACCAAUACCACAACCAUCGAAUCCAUAUCGGAUCGGCCGUAUUAUCUUCGAGUGGAUUUCGACCGAACUGGCUACAGCUAUCAAAUAGUGGCCACUGACAUAGGGGAAAAGCUGUGGGGCCUAGGAUAUUCGGCAAAUUGGCGAUCUGUCAUGGGCAAUAGUGUUGCUGGAUGGUUUUUCCCUAUCAGAAACGUUCUAGGCAACGGAUUCACCUAUCCUUUUAAUUCUGAGGUAUAUGAUAAAACCGUACGUCGCGCAAGGGAUCAAUCACGCAUGUCCGGAAUGCAACAAAAUGACAGUACACUACCAAGCAUGGAUUCUCCUCCUCCAAAAGACACCACCCCCGCUCCUAUGAGUCGGCGCUAUAGCAGCGAAACAGAUUCAUUAGUUUAAUCCUGACCACAUACUUCAUCGUUGGCUUCAGAUCAAUCCGUGUGUAAAUACCUAUCUUGCCACUUGACUCUUCUAUUAUUUCGCUGUCAAUAAUGCAA